UUCGCCUAAAAAAAAGAAAAAGAAAAAGAAAAAGAAAGAGGAAUCCACUGCCUGCGUAAUAGUACAUAAUACACAUGCUCAUAGGUGGAAGGGCAGUUUCAGAGUAGUACUCCACUAAUUAAGGUGAAGAUGAGCUCGGAGGUAGCCGACGCCACAGCACCGCGCCGGAAGUUGUCGUGCUCCACCUACUUCGAUGCGCUCUGGUUUUGCUAUUCACCUGUACAUCAGAUGCAGCAAUACUAUCGGAUGGGUUGGCUGGAUAAUUGUUCCGCAAAGUGGAAUGCUCUAUUUGAUUGUCUAAACCUCAAAACCAAGAGACCUUCUGAGCUGGAGGAAAUCCUCGAGAAACGUGAGCAGGCCAACAAUCAUAUAUGGUCCCUUCGGUCACCUGAAGAAGCUGCAAUUCAUUGGCAAGAACUCUUCGGACAUUUGGAUGAAGUUGAAUGACGUGUUACCAUCUAUAGUUGCUCAUUGUUUGAACUUUUCUUCUGAGUAAAGAAGCAACAGCCCAAGUAAUUUAAUUAUUUCAAGAUCCUUGCCUUCAUUUGGCUGAUUGAUGGAGCGGUCCAUAGUUUUUUGAGGGAUUUUGUAGGUGUUGAAUAGCACUUUUUGUUAGCUAGCUCUAGGAGCUGUAGACACUGAACAGAGGGUUACUCUUUUUAUGUUGAACCAAGAAAGAGUGGUAGAUUCUGGUGAAACGUGAGAUCAUUUCAUUAAAUGGCUAAUUGAUUAAGGCUGGCAACUUUGAAUUUACUAA